CGACUUCCACUGCCAAAUAACCCUCUGGCCAUUUGUGCCUAGAUAUUCAUCUGAACCGUUCUUGCUCUCCCAAACAAUCCUCCCGUAGCAGGAUGUCGGCCGACACCACCAUGACCACGCCUGCGCCGGCUACUUCAUCGCACAAUAUAGAUCCGGCCAUCUUCACUUCCCUACAAACCAAGAUCGAUGAAGAAAGUGCCAUCCGCGAUGAGCUUAAGACCUUUGUCGAGACCCUUUCGAAACAAGGUCGCCUUACACAAUCCAUCCUCUCCAGAAUCCACAACACACCCACCGCCGAAUUAGAGGCUACAGUCCUAGGCCCUUGCUAUGAUGCGCUGUCCCAGCAGGCAGCUACGGUCAAGGAGCUGGCGCAGUCGGCGUCCAAAUUCCCUUUCUAUAAAUGGAACAAUAUAUGGCAGCGCGACAUCCAGGCAUUUAUUAGCAGCAUGCAGAUCGCAGACUGGCUUAAGAGUGGACACCUUCUGACGCUCGAAGAGGUCGGCCAGAGGUUAGAUGUCCCGGUCAACCUCAAAUCUGAAGAUGCUUUCCAUGUCACAGUCGAAGACUACCUCCUUGCCCUCACGACGACAAUCGAAGAGUUGGCUCGUUUAGCCCCAAAUGCGGUGACCUUGGGCGACUAUUCUCGACCACUACAGAUCUCUAAAUUUAUUAAAGAUGUCCAUGCCGGCUUCCAGCUAUUGAACCUGAAGAAUGAUAACCUCAGACGGAGGUCCGAUGGAAUCAAGUACAGUGUGAAGAAAGUGGAGGAUGUCGUCUAUGAUCUCAGUCUACGAGGUCUAAUACCAAAGUCGACCGACGCAAAUUGAAGAGGUGAUGGGUCUGCACACAUACCGACGUUCACGAGCCUGAGAUACCUCGCUACACAAUGAGAGCAGUUCCGAUCCAGCUGACCUGCCCACACCAAAUGAGGUACGCAUGCCGACCGAAAUACCGUCAGACAAACAGCGCUUAAAAUCCCACUGGAGGGUCUCUACGCACUUCACAGGAUGCACGAUCGAGACAAGAUCAUGUAGGACGUGAAAAGCUGAGCUUCAACAGGUCUCAUUUUAAUGUGGAUCCCUCCGGGUUAUAUACACUUGACUUCAA